GGCCAGGUGUGGUUAUUUUGUUUUUCAGGACAGGAUUCCUGUGUGUACCCAGCUGUCCAGGAGCUUGUGCUGUAGCCCAGGCUGACCCUGAACUCAGAGGUCUGCCUGCCUCUGCCUCCCGGGUGCUGGGACUAAGGUGUGUGCCACCACCGCCUGGUUGCUACAGUAUUUGGAAGGCAGAGGCAGGCAGAUCUCUGCAACUUCGAGACCAGCUAGGGUGUUGUGGUGGACUAACAUCCAAGCCAAAUAAUUCACCUGGGCUGAAAGAUAAGCCCAGUUGACAGCAGAAUUCGCUCACGGAAGGAGGAAGCAAGGAGGGUCAUGGGACCUUCACCUUGAGGGCCCUGCUGCUCCUCACGAGCAGCUCUGUUCAGUUCCGCCCUAAAGGGGCUAGAGGAUACGGGAGAAGUAGGGGGAAGGCUCUGUCCUGUGCGGCAUGGGAAAGGUGUCAUGCCUGCCGGGUAGAGAAAGGCUACCCAGUGUGGCCUCGCAGGUAGCACCACACCCCGAGUCAGCACCUCCUCACGAUGCUCUGUAAGCCCAGUACACUCGCUGGUUCCCCCAGACUGACCUCUGGUGGAAUCGUAUUUCGGUUUAUCUUUCAGACUUUAGGAGGAGGGCAGGCAUUGUUUAGGUCUUCACUUGGAAAGAAACUUUUUUAGAGGUAGGGACAGGGUCUCACUGUAGCCCAGGCUGGCCUCAAACCCAGAGAUCCGCCUGCUUCUGCCUCCCGAGUGCUGGGCUUAAACAGGUGUGCCACCGCCCGGGAAGGAAUGGGGAGGGGGAUCGAGACAGGGCUUCUCUGUGUAGCCCAGGCUGUCCUGGAUCUCGCUCCAUAGCCCAGGCUGGCCUCGAACUCAGAGAUCCGCCUGCCUCUGCCUCCCGAGUGCGCCCCCACCGCCCGGCCCAGGAAGGAAUUUUAACAAGAAUAUAUCCUGAGACCUGUCUCAGCAAACAAACUGAAACCAGACUCAGUAACUCCCGCGAGGGAUCUAGUGCAAACCGACCCGGACGCCCCCAUCGGCACCGGCUCCUAAAGCCGCGUGCGGGUCAGCGGCGGCGCAUGCGCUGUGGGAGGAGCCAAGCCUUCCGCCACUUCUUUCCCACAACAGUGGCGAGUUUUGGAAUGAAUUCGGGUGACCCCAACUACGCCAUCCUCACUAGCUACGUAGGACACUGCUGUGGUCGCUUGGGAAACGUUGAGCCCGCCCGUGGGUGAGGGCGGCAUUUCCGGGGCGGCUCUAGCGGGAAGGCGGGACUUCCGGCAGCGGACCGAAGCUAGCUGCGGCGAGCACAGCGGGGACUCCUCUCCUUCGCCGCAUCCCGGGAUGUCACAGCUGGGAUCCCGGGGCCGCCUGUGGCUGCAGAGCCCCGCCGGGGGACCACCCCCUAUAUUCCUGCCGGAUGGCCAAGCCCUGGUCCUCGGUCGGGGGCCCCUGACCCGGGUGACGGACCGGAAGUGCUCCCGAAAUCAAGUGGAGCUGAUUGCAGACCCUGAGACCCGGACAGUGGCAGUGAAACAGCUGGGCGUUAACCCAUCAACUGUUGGGGUCCAGGAGUUGAAGCCAGGGUUGUCGGGCACUUUGAGUUUGGGGGACAUCCUGUAUCUGGUCAAUGGCCUACACCCCCUGACCCUGUGUUGGGAAGAGAUCAGCACAUCGGGAUCCCAGCCAGAUACUCCACCGGGCACUCCUCCUGUGGAUCCAGUGGACCAGGAGGAUGCUGAGCCUCAGAAAAAGCAGAUGCGGAAAUCGUCCCCUGGCUGGGAGAGCUUCAAGAAGUUACUGGUGUUCACGGCGUCUGGGGUGAAGCCCCGGGGCAAGGUGGCUGCCUUUGACCUAGAUGGGACUCUCAUCACCACCCGCUCUGGAAAGGUCUUCCCCACUAGCCCUAGUGACUGGAGGAUUCUGUACCCAGAGAUUCCAAAGAAGCUACAGGAGCUGGAUGCUGAGGGCUACAAGCUGGUAAUCUUCACCAAUCAAAUGGGCAUUGGACGAGGGAAGCUGUCAGCAGAGGUGUUCAAGGCCAAGGUGGAGGCUGUGUUGGAGAAGCUGGGGGUCCCGUUUCAGGUGCUGGUGGCAACGCAUGCAGGUCUAAACCGGAAGCCAGUGAGCGGCAUGUGGGAGCACCUUCAAGAGCAGGCCAACGAGGGCAUGCCCAUUUCCGUCGAUGACAGCAUCUUCGUGGGAGACGCAGCAGGGCGCCCGGCCAACUGGGCCCCAGGGAGAAAGAAGAAGGACUUCUCCUGCGCAGACCGCCUGUUCGCCCUUAACAUCGGCCUGCCCUUUGCCACUCCAGAGGAGUUCUUCCUCAAGUGGCCAGCAGCUGGCUUUGAGCUUCCAGCUUUCGACCCGAGAACCGUCUCCAGCGCUGGGCCCCUCUACACACCCGAGUCCAGCUUCCUCCUCAGCCCCAACGCAGAAGUGGUGGUCACAGUCGGAUACCCUGGGGCCGGCAAGUCCACCUUCGUCCAGGAGCACCUGGUGCCAGCUGGAUAUGUCUAUAUCAACAGGGACACACUGGGGUCGUGGCAGCGCUGUGUGAGCUCAUGCCAAGCAGCACUGAGGCAGGGGAGGCACGUUGUGAUUGACAACACCAACCCGGAUGCCCCCGGUCGGGCCAGGUACAUCCAGUGUGCCAGAGAUGCGGGCGUGCCCUGCCGCUGCUUCAACUUCUGUGCCACGCUGGAGCAGGCUCGCCACAACAACAGGUUCCGAGAGAUGACCGACCCCUCGCAUGCACCGGUGUCAGACAUGGUCAUGUUCAGCUACAGGAAGCAGUUUGAGCCCCCCACCCUGGCCGAGGGCUUCCUAGAGAUCCUUCAGAUCCCACUCCGACUCCGGCCACAUCCGGACCCAGCGCUGCAGAGACUCUACUGCCAGUUCUUGGAGGGCUGAGCCCGUAAUAAACACUACUGCCGCUCCUCUGUU